AUGGGUAAAACAAAUAAAAAAAAAAUUGAAGAAGAAUCAGAAGAAGAAGAAGCAGGAGAUGUUUUUGAAGUUGAAAAAAUUUUAGAUAAAAGAGUUCAGCAUGGAAGAAUUCAAUAUAAUAUAAGAUGGAAAGGAUUUUCAGCAGAUUAUGAUACAUGGGAAGAUGAAGCUAAUGUUGUAGGUUGUCCAGAACUUGUAAGAGAAUUUGAAAGUUCAAGAAUUAAAGAAAAAAAAAAAAAUAGAAAAAGAAAAAAUGUUAUAAUUGAUGAAGAUCCAACAGAAGAAAUAUCGUCAUCAUUAUCAUCAAUAUUAUCAUCACCUCAACCACAACCACCACCACCAUUACAACUAACCAACCACUCACCAGCAUCAUCAGAAUUGGCAAUAACAACAAAUACUUUUUUAAUUUCUAAUUGUACAUCAACAUCUAAUAAAACAAAAAUUUCAAUAGAAAAUGAAGAAAUUAUUAAAAAUGACCAUGCAAGAUAUGGUGUACCAUAUGUUGAAGGUAUUGGUUUUGAAAAUGGUGAUUGUGUUGAUGAGAUUGUUGGAUGUAAACCCUUUGGUGAAAACAAUUUAUUAUAUUUCUUUAUUAGGUGGAGAGGUAAAGAAAAAUUAUCAUGGGUAUCAAAUGAAUCCAUUAAACAGAAAGAACCCUUACAAUUAAUUGAAUUUUAUGAAAGUAGACUUAAAUUUGGUUAUAAAGGUGAAGAAAAUUAA